GUUUUAUGAUAACACUUUAUUUAUAUAUUCUACUUGUGAGACGAGGGGCGUCGAAUAAUUUAACUUUCAACAUUUGAUUUAUGAUGUGAACAACUGUAAUGAAUAUGCGUUGAUUGUUUUGAAGUUAUGGAAAAUUAAGUUUCUGGGAUGUUUUGGAUUUGGACAGUCUUUUUCCCCUCCAGAAUAUUCCUCUCAGUCGUGUGUCAUUUUGAAGGACUUACCCAGACCUUUUUCCUCUUUGGAGAAUUUGAUUAUUCAGGGGACAUCAUCAUCAGUGCUGUAACUGUUUAUCUGUGGUUGAAAAACUGAAAGUGAAAGAUGGAAGACACCACUGAAAAGACAGGAGAUUCAACAUCUAUAGCCACAAAUCUUGAGUCAGACCCUGACAUUCAACCACUGAUUACUUUCAGAGAGCGUCUAACCAAGCUCCUGCAUUCCUACAAGUUCCAGGUUGGUGUUAUCACACUGGUUAUAGUGGACUGUCUGCUUGUUAUCUCGGAGCUGCUGGUUGACCUCAAUAUACUAUCAGUAAACAGCCAUAGCUCUGCUCCACAUGUUUUGCAUUACCUGAGUAUUUCCAUUCUUAGUCUCUUCAUAAUUGAAAUUGGAGCCAAGCUUUAUGCAUUUCGAUUGGAAUUUUUUCAUCACAAACUUGAACUUUUUGAUGCUGUUAUUGUGCUGGUGUCAUUUGCUCUUGACAUAACCUUCAGAGACAAAGAGUCAGCUGUCAGCGGUGUAGGGCUACUAAUCAUCCUUCGUUUAUGGCGAGUUGCACGUGUGCUGAAUGGUAUUGUGCUUUCUGUAAAGACCCAAGCAGAUCACAAAUUAGCUAAGGAACAGAAGAAGAGAGAAAAUCUGGAACAGGAACUAGCCAGGAGUAGGGACUACAUAGCUGCUUUGGAAGAGGAAGUGGAGACCUUGCGGAGAAUUCUUAAGGAUAAUAAUAUAAAAGAAUUGCCUCCAACUGUUAUAGAUAAUGGAGCUUUUAAAUGUACAACCCUGAAUGUUGUAGCUGAAGUCAAUCACAUGAUCACAUAAACUAUAUGAAAUUCAUAGAAUGGACCAAGUAUAGCAUUUUUAUAAAAAUUUUGAAAGUUUCUGAGUUAACUCCAGAGAUGUUGGCACACAUGGUUUAUGUAAUGUGUUUGUGGUGACCUACAUGAACUAUAGACAAGGAAGCAUAUAAUCUUAAGGUGAAACAGUUUUGUUUUAUAGAAAUUAGCUCUAUUGUUUUUGUUUGAAUAACUCAAAAUUCUAAUGAAAAAUAAUUGUGAGUGAAAUUAAUGCAAAUAUGUAUUAAUAUGGCGAUUUCCUGUGAAGAUAAAAAUACUCAGACAUUGUUACUAUUUGUAAGGUAUUCUUUCUCAUACAAAUUCACUGGAAGAAGGAAAGAUAGAAAAAAACUAUAGGUUUUGAUUAUGUAUUAAGAGUAUUAAAAAAUUACUUAAAAGCUAAACUAUCAGUAGGCAGACCUUAUGUUAAAAACUGUUUUUGAAAGUCUUAUAGCAACAUCGUAAAGUAAAUUGCUAUACCUAUUUUGCUUAGUGGCCUUAGGAAUGUAAGUAUUUAAUUAUCCUGAAAUCUCUGUAGAUACAUUAAUACUCUAUUGCUUAGAUAAUUCUAUUACUAUUAAAUAUAACAAAUAGUUUUUUUUUUAAUCAUUUGAUAUAACAAAAGUGCAUGAAGCCAUAUAUAUGUACCACAUCAAGCUUACUGAUGUAUAUCCAUUUUAUAUUAUAUAACUCUUGUUAAGUGUACACACAUGAUAAAGGAUUAUAAUAAAAUGUUGUUUGGUAUAUAAUAUAUUUUUUUAAAAAGAUAUCAAAGACAUUUUAUUUAUCUGUUGUGUGUCUUGAUAUUCAGUUAAUGAUUUAUGGAAACAAGAAUAUUACUAAUGCAUAUGUAUAUUUUCAUAUAAUAUUACAAUAAAAUAUUUAUCAUAAACUUUACAGAUAUUAUGUUACUACUUAUAUUUUUUUGACUGAGAUUAUUAUUUUCUUACUGAUAUGAAGCAUACUUUGAUAAAUUCUGACCCCUAAGAUCAUCACAUAGCAAUUACUUCAUAACUUACCUUUGUCAUGUUUACAAACUAAAAUUAAAAUAUUCAAUUCACAGCAAUUAAAAAUGUUAAAAGAAAGUGAAUGCUUGGUUGUGUGUGCAUCUAAUAGGUUUUAUACUUCAUUAUUCCCAUAUCCUAUGGGGUUUGGUAUGGUCUGUGAUUAUUGUGCCUGGAUUGUGAAUUUGAAGAUUCAUGGUACAUAAACUUGUUAUGACAAAUUCUUGCUUUCUACUUUGAGGAUGCGAGUUCACUAUAAGAGUAUCAGUCAAAUACCAUUAUUCAGCAUCUCAUCCAAACUGUUAAUUAUGAUCAAUGGAAAGUCUAAGUAAGGGAAAUCCAGUUUAACCUGUUUUAGUGAAUAUAUUCAUGAGUAAGAUGAAAGAAAUUUAUAUCUUCUCUUGCCUCCAUCCAUCAAUUUUCUAGAAACUUUUCUUUUAAACUUGAAUGUAAUUGAUCCUAACACUAAGUUUUGAAGUCAAAAAUGAAGUUGAUGGUAAGUUUUUAUUUUUAAAUAUUUUAUUGGAAGAAAGAGACAAUGAAUCUCACACCACUAUAUUUCAUAGGAAUACAGUACACACUUAGGAGUUUAUCUUCACUGGAAUUCCUUCCAUAAUCCUAAACAAUAAAUAGAGAUGAACAUAAGAACCCUCCCAUACAGGUAAAAAUAUGUUUUCCUAUCAACAGUCAUUUCUAUCUAAGAAAAAUGUUUAAAAGUCUCAACAGGUAAAUAUCUUCACAAAGUGGUAACUAAAACUAUUGACCCUAGAAAGUGUAUUGCAGGUCAAAGAGGCAAAAAUUUUAAAUUAAGAAAACCGUAUCCUUUAUUUUGUGUUGCUGCACAUCCCUAAACUUUCACAUUCUAUUUAGAAAAUGUGGUGAAAAACUGUCAAAAGAUAUAUGAAUUUAAUUAUGAAAUUUUCUUUCCUGUCAGGGAAGAGAUCAAGGCAGCUUCUGUAAAGAAACUUUGUUAACAAUGAUGCAUCAGGAUCAGUGUAUCUAAUUAAAUGCAAAAACUGUGAUAGUUCUUACAUGGAAUAGACUAAAUCAUAGCUUUUAACAAGAUGGAAAGAACAUUUGAAUUUUUCCUCUCACCUACUUGAACAAAUGAUUAAACAUAACCACUUUUUUGAUUUUUCAGAUGUUGAAGUCAUUAACAAAGAAAACAAUGUAAUUUGUAGAAACAUUAAACAAGCUAUUUGUGUCAAAAAUAAAAAUAUAACAUUAAUACAUAUACAGGUAUAUGGUCACAGCUCUUCUAAAUUUUUUACUUGGUUAUUGUUGACUUCUAUUAUAUUAAUCAUGUAAUAUCAUUACAGAUAUUGUAAUAUGACAGUUUCAACUGUUUAUGAUUAUUAAAAGCUUGCAGCUGAUAAUAAUACUACAAAUUUAUUUGUGUAUUUAUCAAUAAAAAGUUUUACAAA